GUCCAAACCUCCUUUGCUGCUUCAGUCGCUUAACAGUGUUGGUGUCAACUAAGAGAACUUCUGGUUUUUAUUUAUUUCAAAAUUUUGUGAUCAAUCUUCAACUUUUCGUCAUCUGAAAUGGGUUGGAUUACACAGACGGUGUUCGUCGUAGUUAGCCUGGCGGCCGCCGCUUGGAGCCGUGAAGUGCCGACAGCAGCACAGUCGGCCGCGGUGGCAGGAGCCGCAGCCCAGGGAUCGCCUCUGCGUGUCAGCUCAGAUCUACUCGACCAGGACAGUCCACACCAGGCGACGCGAGGCGCCAAACGGGAGUUGGGAGACGUCGCUUAUCACCAUGGGGGUCAUCACAAGCAUGCCACCUCCUACCAGCACUUUGUGCUGCACAGCUAUCAUCCCAAGAAGGUGAUCUACCACAAGAAACAUGGUCACCAUCAUGAUGCUCCCCCCUCCUACCAACCUGUCCCCCAUCACCCCAUUGCUCCUCCCCACCACAGUCCAGUGCCUGUCUAUGAUGAAGGAAUCACCGUUGAUGAUGAGUCAUAUCCAGCCUACUAGAUGCUUCUAGAUGCUACUAGAUGCUUCCAGAUGCUUCUGGAUGCUACUAGAUGCCACUAGAUGCAUCUAUAUGAUCCUAGAUGUCUUCUACAAGAUUCUAGAUGCUUCCAGAUGCUUGCUACUAGAUGCGUCUAGAUGCUACUAAAUGUAUUCUAGGUGCCUCUAGAUACAACUAGAUGCUUCCAGAUGCUACUGGAUCCUACUAGAUUCCUUCUAGAUUCCAC